CUCCCAGUGUGAACUGUUGUGAUUAGCAAAGGGGCUUGAUUGGCUUAAAAAAAGUGACACCAAAAGCACCGAAUACAUGUUCGUAUCGCUCGGGAGAUAAAGUAUCAGGCAUUCGCUGCAUCACGCCCUUCGAAUUUUCCAUCCCGUCUGCUUAUUUUCCUUCCGUAAAGCGUCAGCACACCCGCUGCAAAGGGGGGUUCGGUGUGCCAGAAAAGGAAACGGGGUGUGCCAGCCUUCAGCGCAGCAGAUAGAUGUUGCCGAAACACAGCAAAAUGCCAGCGAUCAAGGAUAGUCACAUCGUGAAGAUUGCGGUCGAGUACGUGGACAACACGCCACAGAUGUACCCGCAGCUGAUCGAAUUCGACCAGCGGCAACCGCUCAGUGCGAUCAUACAGAACCUGUGCAGCUCGUGGGGCAUACCGGAUGCGGAGAGCUACGCCCUGCAGUUCGAUGGCAUCAACUACGUGACGGAGAAGAACCGGAACGAGGUGAAAAAUGGGACGGUGCUGAAGCUGCGCUUUUCACCAUCGAAAACGACCAACGACAUACUGGAAAAGUUGCGUAGCGGUACCGACGACGAGAAGGUGGCGGAACUGAAGGAACUGCAGGUGCUGAGUGCGGACAACACGUUUGCGUUGGAGUUUAUCAAGGAACAAGGAUUGCGGCUAAUCAUCGCGCUGAUUGAAGAUCAAGAGUGUGAAGAACGCAUCCUGAACCUAUCGCUCUGCUCGUUCGUCCAGCUGAUGGAGCACGGUACGAUCUCGUGGGACAUUCUCGAACCCUCGUUCAUUAUGCGCAAUGUGGCGUUCAUAAACACGCCCUCGAAGCCGGAAAUUAUUCAAUCGGCCUUGUCCAUCCUGGAGAACAUUGUGCAGAGCAGCAAUAAGUAUUCGCUGGUGGAGAAAGAAAUCCCGCUGGAAUCGUUGUUGAAGCUACUGCGCGAUGCUACCCGAACGCAGGUGCAGCAGAAUGCGAUCGCCCUUCUGAAUGCGCUGUUCAUCAAGGCGGACGAUGCGAAGAGACGUUUGCUGGCGGCGACGCUUGGCUCGAAACAUUACCGGAGCGUGAUUAACAGCGUCAUCACGCCCUCGAUGGGUGCCGAAAUGGCACACCAGCUGUACGUGUUGCAAACGCUCACGCUGGGAUUGCUGGAGCAGCGCAUGAAAACCGCGAUGGACGUGCAGGACCAGGACGCGCAGGAGAAAAUAAAGGAACUGCGGCGUAUCGCGUUCGAGGCGGACGGUGUCGACCCGAUGCCGGACGUAACGGCCCGACGCCAGCACGGUUCCUCCUACUCGAGCCACUACAAGAAGCUGGGCUUCAAGUGUGACAUAAAUCCGGCGCAGGAUUUCUUCGAAACACCGCCCGGAACGCUGGCGCUCGAUUGCAUGAUCUACUUCGCGCGCAACUACACGCAAAGCUACACGAAGGUGGUGCACGAGAACAGCUGCCGGGCGGACGAGCACGAGUGUCCGUUCGGGCGCACCAGCAUCGAGCUGGUGAAGGUGCUGUGUGACAUUUUCCGCAUCGGCGAAUCGCCCUCCGAGCAGGGCCAAGAGUUCUAUCCCAUGUUUUUCACGCACGACCAUCCAUUCGAGGAGUUUUUCUGCAUCUGCAUCGUGGUGCUGAACAAAACGUGGAAGGAUAUGCGCGCCACGACGGAAGAUUUCGUAAAGGUGUUCUCGGUCGUACGGGAACAGAUUGUGCGGAGCAUCGUGGGCCGGCCGGCAAGCUUGGAAGACUUCAAGGCAAAGAUACACACGUUCACGUACAACACCAUCACGACGCUGCGCCAGCAGGAGCGUACCUCGCGCGAAGAGUGCGAAUCGACGGCGUCCGCCAUAGUGAGCUUGAAGAAGAAAAUCACGCCCGAAAUAAGGGCCCUCAUCAAGGAGCAGCGGCUCGGGUAUCUGAUCGUCGGCACACGCUUCUGCAAAUACUCGGGCGGUAAGCGCGAACGGGACAAGUAUUGGUACGUGCGGCUUUCGCCCAACCACAAGGUAAUCCACUACGGUGACUGUGACGAAAAGACGGUCCCGACGCUGGAAGAGCUGUCGAACAAGCUGGCCGUCAUCGACAUACGCCAAAUGCUCGUGGGGAAAGAGUGUCCCCACAUGAAGGAGAUGCGCUCGAAGAAAGCAUCCACACCGCUCGGCUUUUCACUCGUGCCCGAAAGCAGCGAGCAACCGACGCUAGACUUUAUCGCACCGGAUGAGGCCACCUUUAACUACUGGACGGACGGGAUCAACGCACUGCUCGGCCAACCGAUGACGAGCAAGCAGCAGGAGGAAGACUUUGAAACGCUGCUUUCGAUGGAAAUUAAGCUUCGGCUGCUCGACACGGAAGGGGUGGACAUUUCCAAGGAUCCACCGGCGAUUCCGCCCGAGCCGGAAAAUUACGACUUUUGCUUCGACAGUUAAGCGCGCGAAUGGCGCACGUGGAGAGGUAAAGAGAACAAAAAAAAAAAAAACGAAUCUAAACCAAAGUUUUUGUGACACAGCAAAAAACUACACUCAACUCAUCGUCAGGCACUAGUAAGUUGUAGUUGGGUGGAAAACUAUCCAUUAUUUGCUUUUAAUUCCCUUACAAGAUUUUAGCUUUUCUUCCCUUCAUUCAUAUCUUCCAUCGCGUAUCAUCGGGUGUGAUCACGCCGUGUUGUAGGGUAAUCUGUGCAAAGAGGAGUAAAUCAGUUAGCCUAAGUUGUAGCACAGUAUCAUAGUUUAAAGGAAACCAAAUAUUCCAUGCAAUACUUCUUUAAUCGGUAUUCACUACACCUACUCCUCAAGAUGCAUCUUCCGGUAUAUGCUUAAGUGCGAGCGUACUAUUUUAUUAGCUUUUUCUACUGUGUUUUCUUUUUUCGUUUGGUGGCAUUUAGGCUGACAAUACAUCAACUAAACAUUCGCAAACAAGCGUAUCGUGUAUGAGAGGAGCGGUGUGUGGAGGAUAGUGUAAGAUGGAGUAACAAACAUAAGCAAAUAGCCAAAAUUAUGUAGACUUACCCAACAGUCGGUAAACGAGUGUGGGGAACGUGAAGCAAUCCAUGCGAGGCGAUACUUCUUCCCUCGGAUACGGCAAAAUAAAAGUAUAUACACUUUUUUAUAUCAAA